GAGACAGAUAAUGAACAAUAUCCAGCAGGAGUUCGCGAUAGCUACACCAAUUUUCUCUUUCUGGCUCAGGAAAUUCACUUCAAACCAUGUUUUUGUUAUGGUUUGCUCAAUUUGGAAAGGAAAUCAGUUAUUUGCUCAUUUGAUGACAACGUUCAUAAAUUAUGUCGUCCGUUAAGAAAUUGAGUUUGAGUGGCUUUAAGUCCACAUUCAAGCGGAAAUCAAGCCGAGGAAUUUCAAGGAACAAUGUCGAAACUACCGCAUCAAACGGAGAAUUACAACACGGGAACGUUUGUGAUAACGAAACUAGCAAAACAAACGACGAGUACCAGAAUAUCCCGACCCAAAACGGGCCAGGUAAUGUAAAAACGGAGGGAAUUGUUCCCCCCAAUAAAGAUGAAAGUGGUCGGAAAACUCGGGGGAUGAAAACAAGUCGAUGGGGUUUUCGUCAAAAGACGGACGGCAGGAGCAAAAUCUGUGAAAAUGGGAAUGAGAAAAUAACAACUUUACCCGAUUGUGAACCCGGAAGUGGUGUUCAUUUAGAUCACACUGCAGAUGAUGAUUCUGCAUUGCCAAUGUGCAACCCACCGUCUGCAAAUGGACAUAUUGUAAUCAAUAAUCAAAAUAUGAAUGGCAAUGAAACUGGAUAUAUUGGUGCCAGAUGUAUUUCGAGUAGCCAUUCAUUUCAAGAGGUAGACAAUUCCAAUCAUCACUACAUCAAUGAUGUGAAGUCCAAGAAAAAUGAGAAGACGGAAGCUCUUCCGGAUGAAAGUGGCACAGAGAAUCAAGAAAGUGUCGGACAAGGACGCUACAAUUUUCCAUUGCCUGUGCCUAGUGAAAAACAUUGUGAUAAUGAAGUUCGCAGUAUCAAUAGUACGAGGUGUGAUGUAAACGAUAAUGCUGAAAUAUUUGAAGAACGACUCGAUGAGUGCCUAGAAAAUGAUGUUCCAUGUAUGAAGGAUGAUGAAAGUGUUCCAUCUGAAGAAGACCGACCAGCCAUUCCACCUAAGCCUGCAUCCCUCUACUGUAAUGGUCAAUGGCAAUUGCAGGGUGCGGACUCUGUUCGGUCCAAAAAUAUGAAGAAUUCAACCAUAUCACUUGGUGAAGAACAAGACUUACCUCCCCGACCCCCUGCACGUUCAAAAACAAGACAUGGCGUAGACAUGAAUCUGCCAUUUUACAAGCAGUACUUAGAACAGAAAGAGAGAAGCGGCAGCCAGACAGUACCAAUAUACGAGGAUGUGAGGGUAGAGCUUGGUUUCGAGAGUGGUGGUCUUGCAGGAGAGUUGUCCAAGCUGCCUCGUCAGCCUUGGUACUGGGGUCCAAUGAGUCAAGAUGAAGCGGAAGGAAAGCUGGAUGAUGCAGAUGAUGGCAGUUUUCUAGUCAGGGACAGCUCAGAUGACAGGUAUCUUCUAACGUUGAGCUUCAAGUCUAAUGGUCGUACCCUACACACAAGGAUUGAACAUCGUAAUGGUCUCUUCAGUCUGAAUGAUUCUGAAGGUCAUGCCUCUGUCAUUGAGCUUAUAGAGAAUGCAGUCAAGGAGUCACAGGGUGGUGUCUUUGGUUACAUGAAUGACUCCACUGGAAUCCAGAACUUCCCCGCCAGACUGACGCAGUGGGUAUCCAGAUACAGCGAGGUCAAGUCACUCCAGUACCUCUGUCGCUUUGUGAUACGGGAAACCUACCCCAGACAUCACAUUCGUCAUCUUCCACUUCCUAAGAAGAUCAAUGAGUAUAUCCUAGAAAAUCAGUACUAAGCACAAAUUUGUUUACUAAUUAAUAUUUUUGAAUCAUGAAUUGAAAUGCAGAAUUAUUCCAAAGAUGUCUCGAGUGCAUUUAUCUUUUAUAUAUAUGCCAUUUUUGUAUCAACAGCAAACUGUGUAAUGUAUGUACACUGUACAUGUUGUGCAUGUGUAAUAGACAAUAUUAAUUGAUGACAGUAUACACAUGUAGUUUCUAGUUAAAUGUACAUUAGACUCUCUAGACAUCCAUAGUUUAGAGAAGUUGAAAAACCUUUGAGUUUGUAAUGAACGUUAAAGAAAUUAUAACCGCCUUUUUUAGUUAUGCCUGUAUCAUUAGCGUGACUACAAAGCCAAUCAAUUUAGAUUAUAUACUCAUUAUCUUAAGGUGAAGUGGGAAUUUUUUAGGAUGCAAUUUCUUUUCAAAUCUAUGGAAUUUUCUUUUGAUAUUGUAAAAUAUCCUGAUGUUCUCAUCAGGAGUUGGUUGGAUUAGAGGCCUUUAAAUCAAUUCUGAAAUAAACCUUGUUGCCUUUUAGGAGCAUGCAGCCCCCCCCCCCCAUUCCUGCCCAGACUUCUAGCAAUGGUGCUCAAUGUUACCUCUCUAUUACCUCCCCUUAAUCUUCCUUCUGUGCUUCCAGUACUAUCCAGAACAAACAAAAAUCCUGAUAAGUGCCUUAACAGUCUUUGUAGUUUUUUAAAGAAUUAAAGAUCAAUACUCAUGGAUAAUUUGGUAUAAUGUAUAGAAUGACCAAAAUGACAGAGAAUAGUUUCUUAUGUUAAUCUAUCAAGAGAUAAAUAAGUUUCUUGAAGGCCUACAAUUUGUUUCAUUCUUUGCAGGUUAUUACUAGUAGAAUGCUCCUUUUCCUGGUUCCAGUACCGUUGUUUUAUGAAUUUAUAUCACAGUACUCGAAGCUUUUAUUUCAUUUAGAUAUAUGCCAUGUUUAUUCAGCCCACCUCAGUUGGAUAGGAAAGCACAAUUUAGUGUUUUUAGUUUUUACCAAGUUGCAUGAUCAUGUUCGUGGUGUCUUAAUUUGCUUACCAUUUUUUUUAAUGCAACUUGGAAGCUGAACAAAUUUUAUAUUGUAAGAGUACUGGUAAUGCAAUUGUUUAUAAAUUUAUAUCAUACUUGAAAAAGUGAAAUUUCAAAUUUAUCUUAUAAUCCUUUUUUUUGCAUACUAGCAGUACAUGUACAUGUAUACCAUUUUGUCUAGAUUUGUACAGUUUUCUUAGUUUUUCUAGCCUGCCGAGCUACUAGAAUAUAGAUGUAAAGUCGUUCUCGCAGUAUGUAUUUUGGUCAUGUAUGGGGUAUAUUUAGUACAAAACUUGAGAUUGUUUCACUCUUUAGCGGCUUUGCCUUCUCAUACAUAUAAAAAAUACCACUUAACUUUUGUGUCUAGCUGUCUAAAGCUCAAGCUUUUGUUUCUUGACAAUUAAUUUUGAUGUUUCCUCUCCCUUUCUUCUUCUUUGUAACAAUUUUACAUUCCAUUUUUUUUGUGUUCAAACAAUUAAUUGUUGCUGAAAUGCUGUAAAAAAAUCUCAGUAUCUUGAUAUGUCCACUUAUAAUUGUGCCUUACAUAAUUUCAAUUAAUUCACUGAUGUGUAAUCAAUGGACCUCCAAUCCAUGUAAAGAUGAUUGUAUGUUAUACCUCCAUGCCUUUCAUCCGUCUCAGUACAUGCGUCUUACUUGUGCUAUUGUGCUUCACAAUCCAUCCUUGAGUUGAUUGAAACGUAGAUUAAAACUUAGAUUGAAACGUUGAUUGAAACGUAGAUUGAAACGUAGAUUGAUACUUAGAUUUA